AUGCUGAACCUCUCAAUCCCAAUACUUCUUGCCACCGUGGCCAGAGCCUUUGCCAAUCCAACCGACUGUCCCCCGCAGGGUCGUCUUGUUGACCUUGGCUAUGCGAAGCAUGUCCCCACGUUUGUCAACAAAACCGUCUCUGGACAUAAGGUUACAAUCUACAAGAAUAUCCGCUUUGCUAAAGAACCAACCGGAAACCUUCGAUUCCGGGCACCGGAUACUAGACUCCCCAAAGUCAAUGGCGUCCAAGAUGGUAAAGUGCCGUGGGCAAGUACAAGUUGCGUCUCCUCUGCGCCAGGAUAUGUCCCCUUUCCCGACAUCAACGGCACUACCUGGGGACGGGAGGACUGUCUGUUCCUUGAUGUUUAUGUACCAGACGGCGUGAAGCCAGGCGACGAUGUUCCCGUGCUACACAACUUCUUUGGCAGUGCGUACGCUUUUGGAAGCAAGGAUAUUAUGUUUUCGCCAAUGGGCUUGUUUGAUAGAAUGUUUGAGGACCAUGCUGGCAAAUUCAUAUUUGUGACAAACAAUUAUAGACUUGGCGUGCCAGGUUGGACCUAUGCCGCAGGCGAAGACAUGGACGGCAAUGUCGGUAUGCUGGACUGCAUCGCCGCCGCAGAAUGGACAGCCAAGUACAUUGGCAAGUUUGGCGGUGACGGUCGACGUAUUACGGCAGUUGGACAAAGUGCGGGAUCCGGCAUGAUGUAUUACAUGAUGGUUGCUUAUGGCGGUCGUCGCAAACUCCCAUUUCAGCAGGCAUAUUUGUCGUCGCCUGCUGGUGGCCCGAAGCGAAAUGUUACCGAGCGGCAGAAGAAGCUGUUUGACCUGGUGCUCAAGACUGCCAAUUGUACAACGCUACAAUGCCUACGAUCCGUCCCUGAGAAGACCAUGAUAGCGGUUAACAAUGAAUUGAUCAACAACAUGCCCUCAGAAAGCGGCGGCGGUCAGAUAGGAGCUCUCCAUGGGUUUGGUCCUGCUCCAGAUGGGAAAAUCGUACCCGACCUGCCACUGGUCCUGCUGAAAAGGGGACAAUUUUACAAAGGGCUCAAAGGUUUGAUUUUAGGCAGUAUGGCCCUUGAAGGUAAGGGAACAUCGCACGACACCGACCUACCAGAGUAUUUCCCUAUCUUGGUACGACAGCAAAUGCCCUCAGCAAGCAACGUCACCGUUCAGACGUUGCAAGAUGAAUACUAUGACGCCAACGAUCUCCCCAAAAUGGCCUGGGAUUGGACAACAGAUGUUGUGUUUGCGUGCAAUGCAAACAAUCUCGCCAAUGCAUUGCCGAAUCUAGCGAAGAGAUAUAUUAUGUCGACGCCGCCGGCGAUUCAUGGACAAGAUCUAGUGUAUUUCUUCAACAACGAGAAUAUCACCCCUGUCAAUGACACUGACCUGGUGAAUGGCUUUCAAAGACGACUCCUCAAGUUUGUCAAUGGCCAGAAGUUGGAUUGGCCGGCUUGGGGUUCCGCAAAGGGCAUGUACAACAUCAAAGAGAGUUUCGAGGCGACGACAUUGCCGGAGAAGCUGAGGCAUCGAUGCGAUUUGUUGAACAAGUUCAUCCUCGAUCCAGUGAACGGCGCGUAA